AUGAGUCUAGUGGCGUGGAAUUGUCGGGGUGUAGGUAGCCCGAGUGCAAUUCCCGACCUUAAGUACCUAGUUCGGCAUUUCAAUCUGAACCUUUUAUUUUUAAGUGAGACUCUAGCUCACCGAAAUAAAAUUGAUGAACUUCGUUUUCUGCUUGGUUACGAUUGUUGUUUUCCUGUAGACCGCACCGGUAGAGGCGGGGGUCUUGCAUUAUUUUGGCGUAAUUCUUUACAUUGUCAACUUGUUGAUUUUUCGAGUAAUCAUAUUACUGUUGAGAUAAAUGAUAUUGUUCUUGGUACUUGGAGACUUACCGGCUAUUAUGGCUAUCCUAAUGGAGGUCGUAGAACUGCCGCUUGGAAUUUUCUUCGACAACUUUCUCAUCAAUUUACAGGUCCUUGGUGUAUCUUUGGCGAUUUUAAUGAUAUCCUUGAUGCAAGUGAGAAAAGGGGGCGCACCACUAGACCUCCGUGGCUUAUAAACGGGUUUCGUCAAGCUGUUAUUGAUUCAGGUUUGUCCGAUGUUCCAAUUGAAGGUUAUCCAUUUACUUGGUUCAAAAGUCUAGGCACUCCGCGUGCCGUGGAAGAAAGAUUAGAUCGUGCGCUUGCUAACAAUUUGUGGUUUAAUAUCUUUCUGAAUGCUACUGUUGAAACUUUGGUAGCACCUGCUUCUGAUCAUUAUCCCAUAUAUGUAAAUGUUGCUCCUACUCCUCGGCCUCAUGUCUCUAAACGUCAUUUUCGUUACGAAAAUGCAUGUCAUCUUGAACCGGGUUUUAAGGAUCUUGUUACUAACUCUUGGCAGGAAUAUUCUACCCAUACUAUUAUUCCGAAGCUUUCCUCUUGCGCGGAAGACAUGUCUGUUUGGAAAAAAUCACAUUGUCAUAAGUUAAAAACUGAUAUUGAAGAUUGUCGUAAACAAUUGCAGGAAACUCGGUUAGGAUCUGUUGGCGAGGACCAAGUUCGCAUGUUCGAGCUAAGGAAAAGAAUGCAACGGCUGCUGUCCCAAGAUGAUGCUUAUUGGCGUCAACGCGCAAAAACCCAUUGGUAUAAGGAUGGCGACCGUAAUACCAAGUUUUUUCACGCUUCGGCUACGGCUCGAAAGAAGGUAAAUCGUAUAACUUCUCUUGAUGAUGAUGCGGGUAAUAAAAUUACUAAUGAGCAGGAUAUGCAAGAAGUGGCAAGACAAUAUUUUGUAAAUAUUUUUCAACAACAUAAUAGUGAUUCUUCUUCCGUUAUUGAUGUUAUUAAUCCGUCUGUUUCUGAUAAUGACAAUGAAAUGCUCACGACCCCUUUCUCUAAGGCAGAGUUUAAGGAUGCUAUUUUCUCUAUGCAUCCAGAUAAGUGUUCAGGCCCAGAUGGCUUCAAUCCGGGUUUUUACCAGCACUUUUGGAAUUUAUGUAGUGAUGAUAUUUUUAAAGAAUGCUGUGGUUGGUUAGAUACGGGACAAUUUCCCCCUGAUUUGAAUAUUACUAACAUUGCCCUUAUCCCAAAAGGUUCUAAGCAGGUCGAUCCUAUUAUUCCAGGGCGGGGUCUUCGUCAAGGGGAUCCUUUCUCUCCGUACUUGUUUAUUAUUUGUGCAGAAGGUUUAUCUUCGCUUAUCAGAGAUGCCGAGACAAGAGGUGUCCUCACUGGUACAAAGGUUUGUCGUCAAGCACCGUCAGUUUUUCAUCUUUUAUUCGCUGAUGAUUGUUUUCUCUUUUUCAAAGCUAACGAGGAUCAAACACAUGUUAUGAAGCAUAUUCUAUCCACUUAUGAAUUAGCUUCUGGUCAAGCGAUUAGUUUACCAAAGUCUGAAAUAUAUUGCAGUCGUAAUGUUCCUGAUGACCUCAAAGCUAACAUUACAGAUAUUCUAGGCGUCCAACUUGUGUUGGGCACAGGUAAAUAUUUGGGCUUACCUUCUAUGAUAGGUCGAGAUCGAAAUGCUACUUUUGCUUACAUCAAGGAUCGUGUUUGGCAGAAAAUCAAUUCCUGGAGUGGUAAGUGUCUCUCUAAAGCAGGUCGAGAGGUCAUGAUAAAAUCUGUUUUGCAGGCUAUUCCUUCUUAUGUGAUGAGUAUCUUUCAGCUUCCCACUACCUUACUAGACUCCAUUGAAAAGAUGAUGAACUCCUUCUGGUGGGGCAACGGUAAAACAACACAAAGAGGGAUUCAUUGGAUGAAUUGGGAGAAGCUUUCAGCACCAAAGAUUCACGGAGGUAUGGGUUUCAAGGACCUAUCUGCUUUUAAUUUGGCUAUGUUAGGUAAACAGGGAUGGAAAUUUAUUACAGAACCAGAUUCUCUGGUGUCUCGAAUUUUUAAAGCUCAUUACUUCCCCUCUGGCUCCUAUCUCACGGCCACUGUUGGGCACAACCCCAGCUAUGUUUGGCGCAGCAUCCUGCGUGCUAGAUUUAUUGUGCGUGGGGGCGCUAGAUGGAGUGUAGGCUCAGGCGCGACUAUUCCUAUUCUUAAUGAACCAUGGCUGCCAAAUGGGGAGUUUAUUAGUAGUGAUAUUCCAGGUGCUCACUUUGUUCAUAAUUUUACUGUUAACAGCUUGAUGAAUUUAUAUGAUAAAACCUGGAAUGAACAGGUGGUUAGACAAGUUUUUAGUGAUGAUAUAGCCCACAAAAUACUACAUACGCCAUUGAUUUCUCAGGUUGACGAGGAUAGAAUUAUAUGGAAAGCGGAAAGGCACGGACGUUACUCUGUUCGUAGUGCUUACAAGUUAUGUGUAUCAGAACUGAUUGAUUUAUCUUAUAACUGGCGACCAGGGUAUUGGUUUGGUAUUUGGAAUCUAAAAGUCCCACCGAAAGUCAAGAAUUUAAUUUGGCGAAUGUGUCGGGGUUGUUUACCGACUCGUGUCCGUUUGUUGGAUAAAGGUGUUAAUUGCCCAACUAAUUGCGCUAGUUGUGCCUCCAAUCAUGAAGAUCUUAUGCAUGUUUUCUUUGCUUGUCCUUUUGCUAUACAGGUUUGGAAUAGAACAGGUCUUUGGGGUUCGGUGCAACACGCCCUUUCUACCACUGCCUCAGCUUCAGAAGCUAUAUUUUCUCUGUUAGAGACUUUGUCGGUUGAAUUAAAACAACGUAUGUCAUCUGUAUUAUGGAGUAUAUGGAAGCACCGUAAUCUCAGAGUGUGGGAUGAUGUAACAGAAACAAGUGCCGCGGUUGUCGAGCGUGCUAGAAACAUGCUUGCAGACUGGCAACUGGCUAAUGCUCCGGAUGUUCUUGUAUCUAGAUCGAAUCAUCAACCAACAACGACCUCCACCUCUCAACAACACCGAAUCACGUGGCAGCCUCCUGUGGCCGGAAGAUACAAAUGUAACAUCGAUGCGGCCUUCUCUUCUCACAUCAACCGUACAGGUAUUGGUAUUUGUGUUCGCGAUGCAGAAGGUACGUUUGUUCUGGCUAAGACUAUGACAUACCCUUGUACUGUUCCGGUGGAAGUGGGUGAAGCUUUAGGGUUGCACUCUGCUUUGCAAUGGUUGAGUGAUAUGCAGUUUGACAAUGUGGAUUUCGAAACAGACUCUAAGUUGACAGCUGAAGCCUUCCUUUCUACUAGAAACGACUUGUUCGAAUUUGGAUGCAUUAUUUCCUCCUGUCGUUCUUUGUUCAGUACUUUCUUUUCUAACUCUAGGGUGGAGUUUGUUAGGCGACAAGCCAACGUGGUUGCUCAUGCUCUUGCAAGGGAGGCCACUUCUUGA